ACAGGUUCCUGGGUGAGCAGUAGGCCUCUGUCCCCCUUUCCUGGGGCUCUUGGAUGGGACCUUGCUCUGGAAGGAGACAUGGACCUCUGGCUUUGGUUAAUUUACUUCCUGCCAGUAUCUGGAGCUCUGAGGAUGCUCCCAGAAGUCAAGCUGGAGGGGAUGCUGGGUGGAUCUAUUGUCAUUGAGUGUCCACUUCCUGAAAUGUCUGUGCGGGUGUAUCUGUGCCGAGAGAUAGCUGAAUCUGAAGCAUGCAUCACCGUGGUGUCCAGCAAGAACUACAUCAGGAAGGAAUACAAGCACCGAGCCACCUUGACGCUGUAUCCAGAGCACAAUCUGUUCCUAGUGGAGGUGACAGAGCUGACCAAGAGUGACAGCGGAGCCUAUGCCUGUGGGUCAGGCCUGAACACAGACCGGGGCAAGACCCAGAAAGUCACCCUGGAUGUCCGCAGUGACUAUGAUCCUUUCUGGGAAGAAGUGCCAUUUCCCAAGCAUCCAGCAUGGUUUGAGAGAUUGCUACACAUGCCCCCUUGGUUCCAGAACCCUGCACUUGUCAGUUCCUUCGAAUUCAUACCCAAAGUAACCACACAAGCUCCAAGGACAGAGGCCCCUCCAGAGCACCACUCCUCCCCCACCACCCCAAUCACCCACCACCCUCCAGUUUCCAGAUCAUCUCCAGUGGUAGCUGCCAAGUCCACAACUUUCCUGCCAUCCACCACGGGCCCAAAGUCCUCGACACCGGAGGGGCUGCUCAGGCCCCAGACAGCCAGCUACAAUCACCACACCAGGCUUCACAGGCAGAGGGCGUUCAACCACGGCCCAGCGUCCCCAGUGGAAGUCCAAGGGUUUCACAUCCUGAUGCCCACCGUCCUGGGCCUCAUCCUGCUGAUGUUUCUGGGGCUGCUGGCGAAAAGGGUCAUUCAAAGGAGGAAAGAUCUAAGUGUUUUCAAGUCACCUCAGGUGUCUGAAGCUCCCUGGCCCCACAUGCUGUCUCUGAGGACGAGCUGUGAAUAUAUGAGCAUUUCCCACCAGCCUGCUGCCAAAAUGGAGGCCGCUGAUUCAGAUGACUAUGUCAAUAUCUCCUGCCUAGCCCACCCCUCCAGCUAUCCCCCUGGGCCCAGAACUCAGUGCCAAUGA